AUGUUAAAUUUGCUGGAAUUGAAGAAGUUUAACAGGACAAUUAUGAGAAACAUAGAUCAAAAUGGUACAAUGUUCUGUCUCGAUCAGCUAAAGAGAAAACAUAUGAUGCAAGUGUAUAUUUUUUUGGUGAAGACGUUUGGAGAAGAUAAUUAUGGUGGUGGGAAGGGGUUGGGGUUGGGGUUAGGGGCGGCAUUUGGAAAAGAUUCGAGGGGUUGGGUGAAGGGGGCGUUUGGAGAAGAUGAUUGUGGUGUGGGGGGGGGGGGGGGGGGGGGGCAGGGGGGGGCGUUGGGAGGAGAUGGGGGGAAGGGGAGGGGGGCUGGGGUGUUUGCAGAAGGGCGUGGGUAUAAGGAAGAAGAUGAUUGGAGGUUGAGAGGGGGAAGUAUUUGGAGAAGAAGACUGGCAGGGAGUUUGGGGGAGGGGCUCGCGUUGAUUGGCCGACCGUCUCCGACGCCGACGCCGGCAAUAGGUAAGGUUGGGACGACGACGUAUAGCAGGCCAGCGGAUUCUAGACUUGCGGCAAUAGCCAGAAAAAACUCUGGCAAACUCCGGCGACGCACUGGCAGCUGCUUGUCAGCGACUCUAUUCUGGCAACCAGAUUCGACUCCAAAAUUGUCGAAACCAGCAGCACGUAGGAGUAUCUCAGUGACAUCUAAACUUUGA